AUGAUAUCAUCAUUGGCAUUAGCUGAUUUACUUAUUAUUAUUUUUUGUCUACCAUCUACUUUCAUUAACAAUUUAUUUUUACAAUGGCCUUUAGGAAAUGUAGCAUGUAAAUUGUCAACAUGGAUUAAUAAUAUCACGUCUUGUUCAUCUGUUUUUACCUUGAUUGCUGUCACUGCAGAUAGAUAUUUAGCAAUAUGUCAUACAAUGAAGUAUACUGUAUGGGAUUCAGAUAUGUCUUAUUAUGUCAUUGGCACAAUAUGGCUUGUCAGUGGAAUGUUAGCUUCCCCACAAUUAUUCAUUUAUAGAGAAAUGUAUUUUGAUCCAUCUAGUAAUGUUAUGUAUACAAAUGAUGAAUUAAAUGAUACAAAUAUAAAUAAUGUAUUAAAAUUUUGUUCUUCAAGUAUGGAUGAAACAUAUGUAUUUAUAUUUUUCAAUCUUUUUUUGACAUUUAUAGUACCAUUUGUUUUAAUUAUUAUAAUGUAUAGUUUAAUUUUUCACAGAGUAUCAACACAUCGUAGUUUAGCUGUUGACGCUCAUAUUAGAGAUGAAAGAACUAAAUUAAGAGCAGCACAUAUGAUGCUAACGGUUAUAAUUGUAUUUGCUUUUUGUUGGACUCCUUUAUUUAGCCUUCAUGCAUAUUUUAUCGCAACAAAUCCGGAAGGUUUUUUUUACGAAGUAGCAGUAACUAUAUUAAGACCAUGUUUUCAAUGGUUAUCCCUUUUGUCAAGUUCAUUAAAUCCGUUAAUAUAUAUUGCAUACAGUCAAAAAUACCGUAGAGCAUUUCAUCAACUUUUAUUACUUCCUUGUCAAACAAAACUAGGAACAAUAAGAAAGUUUACUUUUAAAAAAAAGGAAAAUUUACAAUUAAAAAGAAACGAUGAAGAAAUACAUAAAAAAAUGGAAGGAGUUGUAGGGAUUCAAUCAUUAACAACAAUAUGUAAUCCAAAUGAUAAUAUACAAACUAUAAGUGUAUGUGAAUCACAAAAAAUAGGGAAAACAAAAAUUGAAAGUUUGUAA